AUGCCAGCUGGAAUAGUUGGGCUGACAGGACCCACGGUAUGCCUCCUCUACCAGCACAGCGUUGAAUUCAAGAAUUAUCCACUAAUUCAGGCCUUGGUACAUGCAGUCACAAAAAUCAACAAGGAUUUGUUUCUGCUUCCCAACAUCACCCUCGGCUUCCAUAUUUAUGACAAUAAGGAGACUGUGAGGAGGGUUUCCUGGAACAGCCUCUCUCUUCUGUCUACACGGGGUCAAAUGGUUCCAGGUUACAAAUGCGACAAGCAGGACCCUCUGCUCUCUGUUGUUGGAGAUGUCAACUCCCAAUACUCAAGGCAGAUGGCCUCCAUCUUCAGCAUCUUCAAGGUUCCACAGCUCGGUUUUCACUUCCUCAAGUUCACUCAAGGAGACAGAAUUGUUUUUCCUUCCUUCUUCCGGAUCAGCCCCAAUGAAUUUCCACAGUAUGUGGGUUUAGUCCGGCUGCUCCUGUAUUUCCAGUGGAAUUGGGUUGGGCUGGUGGCCCCUGAAAGUGACAAUGGAGAACUUUUUGUCUCUACUCUGAUACCGAUGCUCCAGGAGAAGGAGAUCUGCCUGGCCUUCACUCACCUGUUGGAAUCUGUAUCUGCUCUCCUUUCAGCGAACAAAUGUCUUUCUUUAAUCCCAACGGAUCAUAGCCACGAUAUCCCAGAAUUCAGGCAUGUUCUUAUGUCUUUAGACCCCUUGAACCCUCAAGGAGAUGUCUUUCUCCCUCUAUGGUGGGCAAGGAUUUUCGGCUGCAAGAUCCACAAGCCAGGAGUGAGACUUCCAAAGGGGGAAAAGCCAUGUACGGGACAGGAGAAUUUAAAGGAUGUGCCAUCUUACAUGUUUGAAACGAGCAUGUCAGGUGAAAGUUACAACAUCUACAAUGCCGUUUAUGCUGUGACACACGCAUUGCAUGCCAUGCAUGGAUCAGGAGCACAACCAGCCAUGAUGAGGCUUGGAAAAAGGAUCACAAAUGUCCAGUCAUGGCAGCUUCUUGCCUAUUUGGAGAAUGUCUGGUUCAACAACAGUGCUGGAAAUGAAGUCUCAUUCUUAGACAAUGGAGCCAUGUCUGCUCGUUACGAUCUUCUCAGCUGGAUUUUCCUCCCCAAUCAAUCUUUUGUCUACAUGAAAGUUGGGCAGAUGUAUCCCAGGGUUCUCCAAGGCCAGGAUUUUACCAUCAACUCCAGUGCAAUCACUUGGGCCAAAAAGAAAGUGCCCUUUGCCAGGUGUGGUAGGAAGAGGUGCCAGGCAGGUGAGAAGAAAACUGUCCCAGAGGGUGAGCAGGUUUGCUGCUACAAAUGUGACCCUUGUCCAGAAGGCACCAUUUCUAAUCAGACAGAUGUAGCUCGCUGUGACCCCUGCCCAGAAGACCGAUAUCCCAACAAGGAUAAGGACCACUGCAUUGCCAAGAAGAUCCACUUCCUUUCCUAUCAAGGCAACCUGGGAUACAUUUUAGCAUCUCUUACUCUUUCUCUCUCUUUGAUCACAUUGGCAGUCCUAGCAAUUUUCCAUAAGCAUCGUGACACACCGAUCGUCAAGGCCAACAACCGAGAUCUCACCUACCUCCUCCUGAUAUCCCUCCUGCUCUGCUUCCUCUGCUCCUUCCUCUUCAUUGGUCAACCCGGGAAGCUCACCUGUCUCUUCCGACAAACUUCCUUUGCCGUUCUCUUUUCCCUUGCAGUUUCUUCUGUAUUGGCAAAAACUGUCAUGGUGGUUCUGGCCUUCAUGGCCACCAAGCCAGGGAACAGGUCAAGGAAACUCUUAGGAAAACCACUGACCAACUCCAUUGUCAUAGCCUGUCCCCUGAUCCAAGCACUUCUUUGUAUCAUCUGGCUGGCAACUUCUCCUCCAUUUCCCAACAUGGAUUUCCACUCCUUGUUUGGAGAGACCAUCUUGGAAUGUAAUGAAGGCUCAGCUUCAAUGUUUUACAUUGUACUCGCCUAUCUAGGUUUUUUGGCCCUUGUCUGUUUCACAAUGGCAUUUCUAGCUAGGAAAUUGCCUGAUAGUUUUAAUGAAGCCAAGUUCAUUACUUUCAGCAUGCUGGUCUUUUGCAGUGUUUGGAUCACUUUCCUCCCCACCUACUUGAGCACCAAAGGGAAGUCCAUGGUGGCUGUGGAGAUCUUUUCCAUCUUGGCCUCUGGAGCUGCUCUCUUGGCUUGUAUCUUUUUCCCCAAAUGCUACAUUAUCUUAUUUAGGCCCCAUUUGAAUUGCCCGAUCUACCACAAGGACAGCCCUUACUGGAACCAAAAGAGCACAGCAUCAGAGCCCGUUAUACCAGCCCAGUCCAGUGUUACAAGGACCACAACUGGGACAGUUCAGGCCCAAUACUCCACCCCAGAAACCGGUCCUCAGACUGCCUCUGGCUGA